GUUCCGAAUCCCGAUCCCGCAGGAACACCAGACGCUUGCCGAUUACCUUUAUAUUCUGCAGGGCCAAGGGUUCCUACAAUUUUCACGUGCCCACCGCGUCUUCUCCAAUCCAUCCACCCCACCACCAAGCAUCCCCCACUUCCCCACGCGCAAAAUCCCACAAUGGUCCGAAAAUCCGCGCGCGCCCGUAAGGUGAUAAGCUAUACCACCGACGCCUACAAAGGCCUGGACAGCGACGGGGAGCCUCCUCCCGCGCCCCCCGACUCCUCCUCCGACGAAGACUUCCAAGCCGGCGCCGGAGGCGACGAUCCCGCCGAAGACUCCGAUUCCGAGCCCUCCUCUCCCCGCGGCCGCUACGAAGACGAAGACGGCUCCGACGACUCCCUCGACGAGGAAGAAGAAGACUCCUACGACGACUCUGACGGCGGCCGCGCCCGUAAGAAGCGCACACGAACGCCGAAGACCUCGCGCACCACCGCGCCCUCGACCCCCGCCGGCGGCCCGCGCCCGACCGGCUCCGCGCCCGUCGUCCACAAAAAACAUGUGCGCACGGUCGCCAAUGGACUGACGGGUCGUGGGCGGCGGAAGACGAGGCUGCUGGCGGAGGGUGCGGCGCCAAAUGUCAUCCGUGCUCCUGAUCCUACCGUCAGGAUCACGUACAGACCCGGGUUUCAGAAGGCCACUGGGAAGAUGGAGCGGAUUACACAGGUCUAUGGUGAUGAGCCACAGGGUGUCGAGAUGGCUAUGUGCGUUAAGGAGAUGUAUAUCGCCACCCCGGCCGUGCCUGAGAGGGCGGGUUUGCAUCCUAGUCCGUUUUGGAAGGAGGGGGAGACGGUGGAGCUGGGCACUGGGAAUGGUGGGCAGAGGAUGGAGCCGUUGGGUCUAGAGGAGACAAUGGAGUUCAUGGGCCCGGAGGGAGAGCCGCUCAAGGCUGUGGUGGGUCCGAUCGGGAAGUAUCAGCGCGCGGUGUUCAAGAGGUUUGGAGUGUUUCCGCUUAGGAAGUAUGCACCCGAAAAGAAGGGCUAUAUAUUUAAUGUUGGCGGGCAGCCAUUGAGUAUGGAGUGGGCUACAAAUCGGCCGGAUGGUGACCAGUUCCUCGCCGUCUCACUCAUGAACCUGCCGGACAUCGCGAAGGAAAAUAACCCCGAUACAUCAGAGGAUCCCCCUGCAUUUUCCAGCCGGCCGUCCAAGUCGACGAUACAGAUAUGGCGGUUCCCCGUCCCUGAAGAAGGAACACCUUCGCCAGUUGUUGAACCUUCGGUUGUCAUGAUGCUCUGCCAUGAAUGGGGCCCCGCGAGGACUAUGAAGUGGUGUCCUGCUCGUAUGAGGUUCGAGGAUCCGAAGGUUCUUGGAUAUCUCGCUGCAGUCUUUGGCGACGGUACCGUCCGUGUGCUGAAAAUCGCCUUGCCGGAUAGCUACGAUGCUGAGAGUUGUGAUUUCUUGCACUUCACCACCCCCCUCUACACUUGCAUCCUGCCCGACGAAAUCCUCACGACGGUCAGCUGGAUAUCCCCCACGGCCCUCGUCGCCGGCAGCGCGAACGGUAUGGUCGGCUGCUGGUCCCUAAUACCUAGCCACCCCAACCCAGUGCCCUAUCACACCAUCUCCGUCCACCAAACCUACAUAACCGGCCUGACCACGUGCUUCCCCAGCUUCCCGCACCACAUAGUUACCAGCAGCAUGGACGGGUGCAGCCGGAUCACGUCCCUAAGCUGUACGGACCCAGACAGCGUCCCCAACAACCGCAGCCGGAUAGCGCCCGCCUGCAUCGCAUACGUGGACGCGAUCCAAUCCGGUGUGUCGGUGGAGGAAGGUACAUGGGUGAAAUUCUUCCCGGCACGCCGCUACUUCUCGAGCACGACAACGUGCAAGCACAACGGCGUAGUGCGGUCGCUCGCCAGCUCACUUCUACACACCUCGAUCCUCUCCGGCGGCACAGAGGGCGAAGCCGUCUUCUCCAACCCCGCAAGAAGAGUGUUCCACGGCAAGAUCAGGAAUUACACGCAGACGUGGUUCGGCGUCGAGUUUGCUGAGACGCUAGGGGCGGGGUCGCCGGCGCACGGAGGCUUGAUGAGGAUUACGGAGGGCUUCGCCCUAGAGGAGUGCGAGGAGAAGGCGAAGACUAAAGGUGGGCAGCAAUUGCUUACGACGGUUUUCCCCCAGCAGGUCUGUGUAGAGGCGGUCUGCUGGAAUCCGAAUCUGCGCUAUGGCGGAUGGGCGGCGGCCGCGAUGAGUUGCGGGCUGGUCAGAGUGGAGGAUGUGGCGCUUGACUAGUAGGUAUCAUACUUGGGGAUAUGGGUUGGGAAUAUGGACGUUGGGCUACAGUACUUCAUAUGGAGUUUUUGGGCGUGUUUAAUGAGAGAGAGAGAUAAUAUCAAUUUAUUGUCUAUGGCGACCAUCUUGUUUAAUGAGUGGGGGAGAAUGGAAUGGAG